AUGUUUCAAGAUAGAAAUCGAACAAUAGUUCAUGCAAAUAAUGGAAAUGAAUAUUUUAUUGAUAGAAAUGGGCAUGCAUUUCGUUACAUUUUGGAAUAUUAUCGUAAUGGUGAAGUCAUAUGGCCAAAUGAAGACUUUUCGGAAAAUGAUUCAAACCUAACAUGCGUAUCGAGAUGUGAACUACUUAAAGAAUUUGACUAUUUUCAAAUUCCUUUUGAAAUUCCGAUCGCUUUGCCCACGAGUCAAAUGCUGGCUAAAAGACUUGAUGGAUUCAUGAAUGCCCUGUUAGAAUGUUCUUUUGAUAUAAAGUUCGCUUUUAGAACUUAUAUGAAUAUUAAAUUUUAUGACUAUUCCAUAUCAAGUGAAGAAAAUCGUCCUACUAUGUUCGUCGUCAAUCCUUUUAUUGAUAGUGCUUACAAAAAACUAAAACCUUUUGAAGCCUGCGGGUAUACCUUGUCGAUUUAUUUUAAGGAAGAAAUUAGCGCAUUCAUUACUGCUUCUUUAUCAAAAUUAUCCUGUGAUAUUAGGAAAGUUAAGAGUCCUGAUUGUGUAGUGAUAAGGAUGUAUAUUCGUGAUAACAUUGAUUGUGAAGAAAUUCUCAAAUAUUCCGCUUACAAAAAAUCCUUGUAA